CAAGAUGUACAACACUUAACCAAAGUAAACUAGCCGGCAUUGUUUGUGCGCGUUUUUUUGCAGAAAAAGAUUAGAAAACCAGGAAAAACAUGAAAUUAGUGAGGUUUUUAAUGAAGUUGAGUCACGAGACUGUGACCAUCGAAUUGAAAAAUGGCACCCAAAUACAUGGCACUAUCACUGGUGUGGAUGUGGCUAUGAAUACUCACCUGAAGAGCGUGCGGAUGACCAUCAAGAACAGGGAUCCCGUCCAUUUGGAGACACUGAGCAUUCGCGGCAACAACAUUCGAUACUUUAUUCUGCCGGACAGUCUGCCGCUGGAGACGCUGCUGAUAGAUGACACCCCCAAGUCCAAGACAAAAAAGAAGGACAGUGGCCGUGUGGGCAAUCGUGGUCGUGGCCGAGGAGCUCGCGGACGAGGUGGACCACGGGGACGCGGAAGGGGCCGCGCAACCGGUCGGCGCUAACUUUUGUAACUAAUACAUUUAAUAAAAAAGUUUCGAUAAAUAUAGUA